AUGGCAGCCGCAGCACAGAUGGUCAGUUCUGCAGUGGCCCAGGAGGCGGUUAGCCAAGCCUUAUCGAAUUUGAAGGAGAGGUACGGGCACAAGUCAGAUGGAAAGGAGCACAUGGAAAUGAUGGAGAUGACUCACAUCAAGCUGGAGGCCGCCCUUGAGACAUCAAACAAGUGGAACAUCACUAGCCUGCCAUUGCUGCGCUGGCAGAGCAAGCUCAAGCGCGCCGUGCAGGAGUGCGACCACACCCUGCGCAGGUGCAAGCAGCGCUUGGAAGAAGAGGAGAGACAACACAGGCAAAAAGACCUUCGCUACGAUGCUAGUAGGAGAAGCUUGUCAUUACAGCCAUUGCCAUGUGAUGUAUACUUAGAACCAGUUACUCAAGUUCAUUUGCUGGGCCAAGUCGCACUGUUAGCUGGGGACAACAGACAGAGUGCAGUCGUCAAUAGAGAAAUGUGCCCCAUGAGAGGAUCUUCAUUUCUAAAACUUGGGGGGCACUUGUGGCCUCAUGCCUCUUCUGAAGAUAUGUUGCCUGCAGUUGGAGGUUCAGCAACAGAGAUGAUAAACAGAGAGGUAGCACCAUGCGGCUUGUAUGCAAACAUUUAUUUUGAGCAGCUGGGUGAGAUCAUGCUACCAAAGGCGAAAGAUUGCCUUGGCGGAAAUGUUGCAGCUACCUCAUAUCAGAUGCUGUGGAAUUCCAAGCAUGGAAGCUCAUACCUUCAGGCAAAGAAGACCCCAUGGCCGCCCAUACCUUCAGGUCGGAGAGACAGAGGUGGAAAAAAUCAGAAACAAAGUCGGUUCAAGAAGGUGUUGCACCCAUGGACAAGUGAGACCAGUGAGUUCUUGAGCUCUUGGAUUCUGCACGCGCCUGCCCAGCUCCAGGCCUCAUUCGUGGACUGGAUUGAAAACAAAAAGCGACCGCCGCUACCAUUGUCCUCAAAAAUUACUUACUGCGUCCAUGGUUGUCCAAUGAUGUCCUUGUCUUUGCCAGAUUAUCACGCAUCUUUAGCAAGAAAAAUCAGGUCGUACAGCACGUUCAUUUGCCUUAAGGACUUGAUGGUACCAAGUAUUUGCCAUCCGGUGAUCCGAGCAUUGCGUUCUACUAGAGGAUGCUCAUUAUGA